GAACCAUAAAGUGAGACGCACACUCACCUUCCCGUCAGUCUCGUCUGUUUUGGAAGCUGAGCAGUGAGGACAUGUCCAACCUCCGUGUGUACUUCAUGGCGCUGACACUGGGUGGUCUGCUGGGGGGAACGUCAGCGCAGGGUCGCCACGUGCAGGAGGUGGAGGUGGUUACAGGCGGGGAUUACUCGCUCCGGUGCCCGGCUGAAGCCAAGCCAGGGGUCAACUACACCUCGCUGCAAUGGUACAAGCUUCCCGGCGGCGCCGUGGAGAAAUACGUCGACUCGGAGCGCGAGGUGGACCUGCUGGACCGGACCUUGUCCCUGCACAACGUGACGUGCGCCGACGCUGGCGUGUAUGCGUGCCGACUGGAGGCACCUGCAGGAGAGCGCAGCAGGAAGGGGGAGGUUCUUCUCACCUUGUCAGAUUGCUCUGACAGAGACUGGCGACAAAUAUGGACGGACACGCAGAUCAUUUUCGCCUCAGUAGUGCUUUUGUUUGCACUUUUUGUCUUCCUGUUAGCGUAUGGCAGUUUUAAGACGAUCCACCAAGACAGAAAGAAGACAACAAGACCAAAGAUCUCCCUGGACGCUCCACUUCAGCCGCUUGACAAGAAGGACUUGAUGUUAAUCUCCACUUUAGGUCCUCCAUGUUCUCCCAGAAAGUCCACCAUGAAGCACAUGUGUGUUUAGUCAAGUGUGUACCAAUAUCACUCUCGACAAGACAUACUAGUAUCGCCCUCAAUGAAUGCACCCCUGGUCCAAAAAUACUUGAAUGAUAUGUUGCAAAACAUAAACAGAGACAAUAAAUGUAUUUAUUUUUUAUACA